GUGUAUAAAAGACCGGUUCGAGAACUGAAGCCUAUCUGACACCUCAGCUGCUCUGUUUACUGUAGCUCGAUCAUCAUGCGUGAAAUUGUACAUUUGCAAAUUGGACAAUGUGGCAACCAGAUCGGCUCAAAGUUUUGGGAAGUGAUUAGUGAAGAACAUGGGAUCAAUGCAACAGGCAUCUACGUGGGAGACAGCGACCUCCAACUGGAGAGGGCCAACGUCUACUUCAAUGAGGCACAAGGUGGUAAAUAUGUCCCCAGGGCCCUGCUGGUUGACCUGGAGCCCGGUACGAUGGACAGUGUGAGAGGAAGCCGCAUCGGAGCCCUUUUUAGGCCAGACAACUUCAUCCAUGGGAACUCAGGAGCUGGAAAUAACUGGGCGAAGGGCCACUACACGGAGGGAGCGGAGCUGGUGGAGCAGGUGAUUGACAGAGUGAGGCACGAGAGUGAAAGCUGUGAUUGCCUGCAGGGCUUUCAGCUGGUUCACUCACUGGGAGGUGGCACCGGCUCUGGCAUGGGAACCCUCAUCAUCAACAAGAUCCGAGAGGAGUACCCUGACCGCAUCAUGAACACCUUCAGCAUCAUGCCCUCCCCUAAAGUCUCCGACACGGUGGUGGAGCCCUACAACGCCACACUGUCAGUCCACCAGCUCCUGGAGAACACAGACGAGACCUUCUGCAUCGACAACGAGGCCCUCUACGACAUCUGCUUCCGCACGCUGAAACUGACCACGCCGACAUACGGGGACCUCAACCACUUGGUCUGCAUGACCAUGAGCGGGGUCACGACCUCUCUGAGAUUCCCUGGACAGCUCAACGCGGACCUGAGGAAGCUGGCUGUCAACAUGGUGCCUUUCCCUCGUCUCCAUUUCUUCAUGUCAGGCUUUGCCCCCCUGACGGCCCGCGGCAGCCAGCAGUAUAGAGCCCUCACGGUGCCUGAGCUCACCCAGCAGAUGUUCGAUGCCCGAAACAUGAUGACAGCGUGCGACCCGAGGAGGGGCCGCUACCUCACCGUGGCUGGCAUCUUCCGUGGACGGAUGUCCACCAAAGAGGUGGAUGAGCAGAUGCUUGCAAUCCAUCAGAAAAACAGCCACUACUUCGUAGACUGGAUCCCCCAUAACUUCAAGGUCGCUGUGUGUGACAUCCCACCUCGAGGCCUCAAAAUGGCCUCCACCUUCAUCGGCAACAACACGGCAAUUCAGGAGAUAUUCCGCCGUGUGGGCGAGCAGUUCUCCCUGAUGUUCAGACGGAAGGCUUUUCUCCACUGGUAUACAGGAGAAGGUAUGGAUGAAAUGGAGUUCACUGAGGCAGAGAGCAACCUCAACGACCUGGUGUCGGAGUACCAGCAGUACCAGGACGCCACCACUGAUCGCGAUUCGGAAGCAGAGGAUGAAGAAGAGGAGGGUCCCUCAUCAGCAGCGACAACAAAUGUUCAGUCUCGAGUUGAAGUUAAACUGGAAACAGUUACUGAAACGAACAAAGAGACUGUGGUUGAGUAGGUCAUGCAGUGUGGUGUGUACGUUUGACACUUUGGAAGGAUGUAUAAAACAUAUGGCUGGUCUGAAAAGGAAAUGUUGUAGUUUAUGCCUAUGGUUGAUUUAAAUCAGCCUUGCCUUGAGAAAAGAAGUUGUGACAUUUUUAAACGAGAGUGCUUAUUGUCUUUCAUGUAUUCUUCAAAUGAUCUGUAUACUUAAAUGUUUUUGUUUUUUUAGAAGUUCUGUCUUUUAUAGUAAACAUUUGAAAAUCAUGAAAAUGUUUGUAUGUACAGUAUGGAAAAAUUGAUGUUAUGCCAGCUCUAUAUAAUCCACAGCCAUAACAACGGAGAACAAAAUGUUUGUCCAAUAUCUUUUGUCUGAUAAGUAAAUGUUGCAUUGAGUGGUUAUAAGUUAUGAUGGUAAUAAAAAAAGCAACACCAAA